GGCGCUGCACUGCGGCUCAACCACACUGCGGCGCCCAGCGCGCGCCGCCUUGCGCUCCUGCUGGCGCGGGGAGCGUCGUCCCAUUGGCCAAAAGGCAAAUCUAUCAGCAGUCGCCCACCGCCCAUUGGCUCGCCCGUCUGUCAGUCACUCUCACGGCCCCGCGAAGCUCUGCCGCAUGGUUGGCUGGCUGAGCUGCCCCUCAGCUCUCCGCCCGCCUCCUCACGGCUGCGGGCCAACCGGCAUCCGAAUAAGGGCGAGCGCCGCUCUCUGACUGGCUGGGCCGCGCCCGCUGGGGUAGGCUGCGCGCCGGAUAUAUGCAGCCGGCGGCAGAGCACGCCGCUGCGUGAGGCGCUUCUCGUCCGCCGGGCCCUGUGGUGAAGCGGCGCCUCCGCUCCCGUCCCGCUCUGCCCGCAGUUUUCAGUUGACCAAAGAAAUGGUGAUGGAGAAGCCAAGUCCCCUGCUGGUCGGGCGGGAAUUCGUGAGGCAGUACUAUACCCUGCUGAACCAAGCACCUGACUAUUUGCACAGGUUUUAUGGAAAGAACUCUUCCUAUGUCCACGGUGGCUUGGAUUCCAAUGGAAAACCAGCUGAUGCAGUCUAUGGGCAAUCUGAUAUCCACAAGAAGGUGCUGUCACUAAACUUCAAGGAUUGCCACACAAAGAUCCGUCACGUGGACGCCCACGCCACGCUCAACGACGGGGUGGUGGUGCAGGUGAUGGGGGAGCUCUCCAAUAACAUGCAGCCCGUGCGCAGGUUCAUGCAGACCUUCGUGCUGGCUCCUGAGGGCUCUGUUGCAAACAAGUUCUAUGUCCACAACGAUAUCUUCCGCUACCAGGAUGAGGUUUUUGGGGACUCUGAUACUGAGCCUCCAGAGGAAUCAGAGGAGGAAGGGGAGGAACCUGAGGAAAGACAGCAGACACCUGAGGCUGUUCCUGAUGAUAGCGGUGCUUAUUAUGAGCAGGCUGUCAGCAAUGACAUUGAGGAACACCUGGAAGAGACAGCUGCAGAGGCAGAGCCUGAGCCAGAGGCAGAAACUGAGCAGGAGCCUGAACCAGAGGCGCAGGAAGAAAAGUCUGAGCCAGUAUUAGAGGAAUCUGCUCCAGAAGAGACUGUGGAAAAGAGUCCUUCUCCAGCUCCUGCUGAUCCAGCUCCUGCAGUGCAAGAGGACUCCAGGACAUUUUCCUGGGCGUCAGUAACCAGCAAGAACCUUCCUCCCAGUGGGGCUGUCCCAGUAUCAGGAAUACCACCUCAUGUUGUGAAAGUACCAGUCUCGCAGCCCCGCCCUGAGGCAAAGCCUGAAUCUCAGACCCCUCCUCAGAGACCUCAGAGGGAUCAGCGAGUGAGGGAGCAGCGAACGAGCAUCCCACCACAGCGGGGUCCUAGGCCAAUUCGCGAGGGUGAACAAGGCGAUGUGGAAACCAGGCGGAUUGUGAGAUACCCAGACAGUCAUCAGCUGUUUGUUGGGAACCUUCCCCAUGAUGUGGAUAAAUCUGAACUUAAAGACUUUUUCCAAAAACUCGGCUUCUCUCUUGCAGGCUAUGGCAAUGUUGUUGAACUCCGCAUCAACAGUGGUGGAAAGCUCCCUAAUUUUGGGUUUGUGGUGUUUGAUGAUCCUGAGCCAGUUCAGAAGAUCCUUAGCAACAGGCCCAUCAUGUUCAGGGGAGAGGUGCGCCUGAACGUGGAGGAGAAGAAAACACGAGCUGCCAGGGAGGGUGACCGCAGAGAUAACAGACCCCGUGGACCUGGAGGCACUCGUGGGGGGCUGGGAGGUGGGAUUCGAGGGCCUCCACGUGGAGGCAUGUCCCAGAAGCCAGGAUUUGGAGCUGGAAGGGGGAUCGGGCAACGCCAGUGAAUUCAUCGCCGAUGUUGACAUGGUGGCGCAAACCUUUUUCCUGCAGAUUUGUGAAUUUCAGCCUUGGGUAUCUUGGAAUGUGGCCCUAGCCCGUUAUAGACUGCUACGUUUGAUACUAUUUUGGCCCCUUUUUGUUUGUGUUAUGGUUCUGUGAUUUAUUUUUUUCUAGUCCUUGUCCCAGAUUCCAGCUUUGUGGAACAACGUUUUAGGAAAAGUGGAUUUUAAAAAGAACUGAAUUUUCUUGUUCACCUCACACUUACGGACUGAUUUUUGGUUUUUUGGUACCAGUGGUUUUUCCUAAAGGAAUGUCUUUCUUUUUUUCUUUUGCCUUUUUUUUUUUUUUUUUUUCCCCUCCUCUCUUUCUACUGAAUUUGGGUGCAGUCAGCGGAAUAAUAUUUCACGUGCAUGCGUUCAAGAGCCUGUAGGAAAACAUAGUUCUUUGCAAGUAUUCCAAGGGCAGAAAAGCAAAACUCUUGAUGUUUCUUUGAGGGUCAUAUGAACAUCCUCCAGUCUGGAGACAUUGCCACUUGAAAAAUUGACUUUCAGCUUUCUCUCUGUGGCGCUGUAAAAGUGGAAUAAUGGGUAUCUGUAGAAUCUCUUUUCCUUUUGAUACAUGAUCACAGCAAGGAAUUCGAACUACUGUUUUACCACUUUGAAAUUUUGGAUUGUGGGAUAGGUUUUAAAUGUCUAGAACUUGACUCUUCAAACACUUUUCCUGAACUUGUGAAAUUUUUUAUUGAAAUAGGGAGUUUUUUUCAUGUUUAGUUUGUAUUUGUAUAAAAAAAAAAAGCAAAAUUGUUGUGCCUUCUAUUUAUCUCUCAUUCCAGUUUUGGCAAAUUGUUUUAAAAAAACAAAAAUAAAAAAGGUCUAGAUUUGCUUUAUCAA